AUGGCUCUUAGGAUUGCCUCAAGACAUUUGUGGAGAGAGGCCACAAUGGCAGUGUGAGAUGGAGAGAGGCAUUAAUCGCUCAGUAGAAGAUGAGCCACAGGGUUGUCGAAGCAGAGAGAGAAGCUCCUUUCUUGGACUCUAAGGCCCAUGUCCCUCUUCCCCUCUCUUUUGAGGCAUUCUGAUGUAGGAGGUAUUCAGUUGCCUUCCCUGACACCUUUGCCCAUCAUUCCUGAUUCCUUGACCCCAAGAUGGGCCUGAAACACGUUCACCCAAAUCUGAAGACAGUUGGGUGUGGAAACAGUGGUGUGCAGGGAGGUUAAAAGUACUGCUAACUUGUACAAGCUCCGACUGAUUUCUUGUCCCCUGGGUAUAGCAGGCUGGCUCUGGGGUCCAGGGUCACAGCCCCGCUGAAGUGGAAGGAGGAGGAAAACCAGGUCUAUGCUGGGAGAAGCAGCAGAGGCUAGCUGUCACAGACGGAGGGAGGGUGCUGAGGUCCUGGCUUCAACAAGCGCAUGCCAGGUGAGUGUUAGGGAUACAAAGAGCUUAUACAAUCCUGCGCAGGAGAGAGAUCAUGCAAUCAUUCAACAAGCAUUUAUGUCAGUCAGGGCACUAAGGGUACAGGAGUGACCAAGACAAAAGGACAAUGAAUGCCCUCUUGGGCAAGACAGUGGGGAACACAUAUAAAAUCACACAAAUAAGUGUCAAAUUAAAAUAAUUACUACCUUCAUAAGUGAAAGGAAGAAGACAUUUGCCCUGGUCCGGGAGGCUGGGGCUCAGGUCCCAUUUACAGGCCUGCCCGGUGCAUCCAUCAAUCCAUGUAUCACCCUGGACGUCCUUCACUGCUGUUCCGCGGGCUCUACAUUGCUUGCCCUUUUCCCUCCAAAGCGGUGGGGGGCGGUGCGGCGCUGCCGCCGCUAUCCCGACAGCCCUCACGAGGGCUCAGCGGAAGCGGCUCGCACGCCAGGAGACGCCAUGCCCGGGGACCAUCGCCGAAUCCGCGGGCCCGAGGAAUCGCAGCCGCCGCAGCUCUACGCAGCGGACAAAGAGGAGGAGCCCGCUGCCCGCGACCCGACGCGGCUGCGGCCCGUGUACGCGCGCGCCGGGCUGCUGAGCCAGGCCAAGGGCUCUGCCUACCUGGAGGCGGGAGGCACCAAGGUGCUGUGCGCCGUGUCCGGACCGCGCCAGGCCGAGGGCGGCGAGCGCGGCGGCGGCCCGGCGGGAGCGGGCGGCGAAGCCCCUGCCGCGCUGCGGGGCCGCCUGGUCUGUGACUUUCGCCGCGCGCCCUUUGCGGGCCGCCGGCGCCGCGCGCCCCCGGGCGGCGGCGAAGAACGUGAGCUGGCGCUGGCCCUGCAGGAGGCGCUCGAGCCGGCGGUGCGCCUGGGCCGCUACCCGCGCGCGCAGCUCGAGGUGUCGGCGCUCCUGCUGGAGGAUGGAGGUUCGGCGCUGGCCGCCGCGCUCACGGCCGCCGCGCUCGCUCUGGCGGACGCGGGAGUCGAGAUGUACGACCUGGUGGUGGGCUGCGGCCUAAGCCGCGUGCCGGUCCCCCCGUCCACCUGGUUGCUGGACCCCACGCGGCUUGAGGAGGAGCGCGCCGCCGCCGGCCUCACCGUGGCGCUCAUGCCGGUUCUCAACCAGGUGGCCGGGCUGCUGGGCAGCGGGGAGGGCAGCUCCACCGAGAGCUGGGCCGAUGCCGUGCGCAUGGGCAUCGAAGGCUGCCAGCGCCUCUACCCCGUACUGCAGCAGUGCCUGGUGAGGGCUGCCCGCCGGAGGGGCACCCCUGCCCCGCCCUGAACCAGGAGUCUGAGCCACAAUGGACACCUAGGACCGUGCCGGCCCCCCGCCCCCCCGGAAGGACCUGCACCAUAGGCUUCCAGACUGCGCGGCACCGACAUCUCAGAGCACGGGAGAGCCUCUGAGAGGCGCUCACAGAACUGCACUGGACAGCUGUGUUGGAAUGAUUUCUUACAAACUGUUCCGUUAAAGAUAUUUUUCUACUUGACCUGGUUGCCAUCUCCGACCCAGGUGAAGAAACCUGCGAACGAACGCACCCAAGUUGGAAAGGACUUCAGCUGGACUCACCUGUUAAACAAGUCUAGGAGCUACUACUGUCUUGGAAGGGAUGGACCCUCUGCAGGCCAGCCAAUGACUCCCUCCUACGUAAUCGGGCUGCUUUUGAGAGAAUGGGGGCCUGGGCCUUCUCACUUAUAUCUGAGCUUAAACAAAACUAUUUUUAUAUCUGAAAAA